AUGCAGAGCAACUACUCCCUGGUCAUCACUACCACAGAAACUCUCCAAGUCUUCUAUACAGUGUUGACAAACUCAUCAGCUGCAUUGCGCCCGCCCCCUCCUUGCCCACUUACCUCUUCAGACUAUCAGUUUUCACUAGUUCCAGCACUCUUCUCUCUGGUUUUCGUUCUUGGGUUGGUUUGCAACAGCGUGGUGGUUGUGGUGCUUUGUCGUCACAGUGGCCCCAAACCAGUUGCUAAUAUCUACAUUUUCAACCUGGCCAUGGCAGAUUUGCUGAGCCUCGCAACCCUUCCCUUCUGGGCUACCUACUAUGCACACAGGUAUAACUGGCUCUUUGGGUCUCUCAUGUGCAAAAUCUCCAGUUCUGUCCUCUGCUUGAACAUGUUUGCAAGUAUAUUUUUCAUUGUGUGCCUUAGUGUGGACCGGUACCGUGCUAUUGCACAUCCUAUUCACUCUCAAGAAAGAACUCCACAACAAGCUUAUUUUAUCGCAUUGGUUUUGUGGGGCUUUGCCGGUUUGUCCUCCCUUCCAACUUUUUAUUUCCAUGACACUCACUACAUUGAGAGCUUGGGGGUCGAUGCUUGCAUUAUAGACUUUCCUCAUGAGAAUUAUGCAGAAUGGUAUGUGGGAGCAGCCUUCCUGAAAAAUGCAUUCGGCUUCUUCAUCGCCUUGACAGUGAUCACCAUGUGCUACAUCUGGAUCAGGAGGCACUUGCUGAAAGCACAAGAGUUUGGAAAAAACAAACGGAAGAGAGACAAAGUCCUAAAGUUUAUAGCUGCCGUUGUUGUGGCCUUCUUCAUUUCCUGGCUCUCAUUCCACAUUUUAACAUUUUUGGAUGCCUUGGCUCAUAUGAACAUCAUGGACAACUGUGACGUGACAGGGAUCAUUGAUACAGUGCUGCCAUUCAGCAUCUGCAUGGCAUUCGCCAGCAGUUGCAUCAACCCUUUGCUCUACUGCUUCAUUGGAAACCAGUUCCAGGAGAAGCUCCAUCACUUGUUUAAGCGAUGAGUUUAUCAGCUCAACAGCCAUCAAGAUAGCUCCUCUUUGAGGAAAGGGAGCGGCCUCAGAGAUGCUAAGACCCCUGUGGGCAGGAAAGGGAGACCUGAGUCCUUGGUGUAG